UGCGGGCCCCGCUGCAGCAGGGGUGCCCCGGCUGGGCGGGGCGCUCUAGCAAGGGGCUGCUCCAAGGGACCCGAGCUUUCUGGAACCUCCCCCCAGCUCCAGGGACUGAGUUUGGGGGGGACUCCAGUGGGAGGUGCUGGCUGAGCAAAGGGGGCCAAGGCAGCGUGCCCGAGGAACACCCCGGGAUGGUCCCUGGCGCUGCCUGUGGCCUGGGGGAAGAGCCUGGGGCACCGUGUGCAGAGCGGAAUCGGGCAGGCUGCCAAGGGGCAGGGAUGUUCAUGGGUAACUGGUAAACCUCUCCCUGAAUGGAUGAGGCUUACCAGUUACUGAUGGGGGCUGGAGCAGCCUCUCACCCACCCCAGACAGCUGCCCUCCGCAGGGGGAAGGAAAGUGCCAGCCCUUCCCCCCUCUGCUCGCCCCUGUUUAAUUGGUUAACAUUAGUUAAACUUAAUUAACAUUAACAUAACUUAAUGUUUAACUGGUUCACUAAUUACAUGGGAUUUUACAUCCCUAACGAGGGGCUCUCACCAAGUAGAUGACAGGGGCUGGGGGUCAGGCUUACCCGGUUCUGUACUAAGGAUGUCAACGGUUAACCAGUUAUUGGUGAGCAUCACCUGGUGAGGGUAACCGGUUAACUGGCUGCAGGCAGGGGAGGCUGCUCCGGCGGCCUGCACUCACAACGUGACACAGCGGGCUGGUUAACCGGUUAAACAUAUAGUUUAACCAGUUCACAUUUUAAACAGGAUUUUACAUCCCUAUUCUGUACCUGCCUCUGCUGGGUGACCCGGGGCCUGGGUGCCCAUUUCCCAAUCUGUAAAAUGGAGAUAAUGGGAGAGAGGGCAGGAAAGCACUUUGAGAUCCUCCGAUGCCAGGCACGUGGAGAGCACCCGGUCAGAGGGGCCGAUGGAGCAGCGGUGGCACCCUCAACAGCGGGUCGCCAUGAUGCAAGGGGACGUGGAAAGGCUGCUGAUCCAGUUCAAAGAUGAGGCUGGCGAGAUCCUGGGGUCGCCCUUUGACGUGCCCGUCGAUAUCACGCCGGAGAAGCUGCAGCUGGUCUGCAACGCUCUCCUCCAGAAGGAAGAGCCGCUGCCCUUGGCCUUCUACGUCCACGAUGCUGAGAUUGUCACGUCGUUGGAGAAGACGCUGGUGGGGCAGGCAGUGGAGACGGAGAGAGUCCUCGACAUCGUCUACCAGCCGCAGGCCGUGUUCCGAGUGCGGGCGGUGACGCGCUGCACCAGCUCCCUGGAGGGCCACACCGAGGCUGUCAUCUCCGUCGCCUUCAGCCCCACUGGAAAGUACCUGGCCAGCGGCUCCGGCGACACCACCGUGCGCUUCUGGGACCUCAGCACGGAGACGCCGCACUUCACAGCCAAAGGUCACAGGCACUGGGUCCUCAGCAUCGCCUGGUCCCCCGAUGGCAGGAAGCUGGCUUCAGGGUGCAAAAACAAUCAGAUAUUUCUCUGGGACCCGGAGACGGGGAAUCAGAUGGGCAGAGUGCUCGCCGGACACUCCAAAUGGAUCACAUGGCUGUGCUGGGAACCGCUCCACCUAAACCCCGAGUGCCGCUAUUUGGCCAGCGCCUCCAAGGACGGCAGCAUCCGCAUCAAGAUCCUCACCGGGCACACGCAGUCGGUCACGUGUGUCAAGUGGGGGGGAGACGGGCUGCUGUACUCCUCCUCCCAGGACAGAACCAUCAAGGUCUGGAGAGGCCAGGAUGGAAUCCUCUGCCGCACCCUGCAGGGCCACGCACACUGGGUGAACACCAUGGCCCUGAGCACAGACUACGUUCUCCGCACGGGGGCCUUCGAGCCUGCCGAGGCCUCCGUCAACCCGCAGGACGUGAGCGGCGCCCUGGCAGAACUGAAACGCAAGGCUCAGCUCCGGUACGACCAAGUCAGGGUGAGUCUCCGGGGAGAAAUUCCCCCCGCCCUGCUCUUAGCACGGCCGCUGCCAGGCCAGGAGUCCGUGAACCCACCUGCUUGGCUCAGGAUGCGCUCCGGGGUGCACCAGGCGCUGAUCAACCACGUGCUCUUCUCCCCGGACACCCGGAUAAUCGCCAGCGCCUCCUUUGACAAGUCCAUCAAGCUCUGGGAUGGCAGGACAGGAAAGUACCUCACCUCCCUGAGAGGGCACGUCGCUGCCGUUUACCAGAUCGCCUGGUCGGCUGACAGCCGCCUGCUGGUGAGCGGGAGCAGUGACAGCACACUGAAGGUCUGGGACACCAAGACGAGGAAGCUGGCCAUUGAUCUCCCCGGCCACGCCGACGAGGUGUUUGCAGUGGAUUGGAGCCCCGACGGACAGCGAGUGGCGAGCGGAGGGAAAGAUAAGUGUUUAAGGAUAUGGAGGCGAUAGGAGCAGUGAAGAGGAGCCUGCUGGUUCUAGCUGGCCCUGGCAGCGCGGUCAGGCCUGGACUACGCAGUUCUGCCUCUUCCCUGCCGCCCUAGCUUUCCCCGGCGAGCUGCUGAGAAGGGAGAAUGUCAUUCUGACGGAAGGCGAGCCCACGAACGUGCCACUAGAUCUGGAUGACUUUGUCUGCAGCCUUGCGCACGCUUGGACCUCCGCUAGCUCCCGUUCAGCCUGGUUUCUAGUGACACGACAGCGGCGGGGAGCAUGCUGGGGGAGGGCGUCUGGUCAUGCUUUUUGAUUCCCCUGCAAAUGGAGCCCACAGGAGCCAAAGCUGAGCGGGGGCAGAAAAGUCUCCUCUCCUGACCUCUGGGGAGAGAGAACGGGGGAAACUGUCACCCUGGUGCCUCGCAAAAUGCUGCUCGCCUGUUUCGCCAGAGGCAGGGGGCUGUGUAACAACCCUCGGCCGCCUUCACUAGUGGCAGGUGGGGAGCGAGGGGCUUUGUGCCCAUGCUGGAGAACUUUCCCCGACGUGUUGCUCACACUGGUGCCAAUAGCCCAGUUCGCCGUACUCUAAGGAACCAACCUCUGGCUGGCUCUUGGUUCUGACCCAGGAGGCUGUGUCGAGUUUCCAGAUCUCGGUGGGUCUCUGAAUUGCGGAACAGUGGGCGAGUGUGUCCGUGACCUGUCCUUGUUCCAGGCCGAUCGCCUGGCUGGGAAGGACGGUGCAUGAGGCUGCUCUUACAUCCUGUGUGGAGUUGGCUCUUGGGCUGCUCCUGAGACUUGGGAAGCGAUGGAGGAAACUCCCCUUGAGUUCCAUGGUGCAGAGUUGGCCCCUCCCGAGUGGAUCUGUCAGCUGGUGUCCGGGGAGCUGUCCCUUGUCCUGUUCCAAUCCCAGUGUGUUAACAUUGGUACCGUGGCUUCUGACCCACGUGGGGGAGUUAAGUUAACCCAGCCCAGCAGUCUGGCCGGGAGGCAGCUCAACCUGGCUUUCACUUUCACCCCCAGUGAAGUUUAAGAAGAGCACUGAUCCAAAUCUGAUUGAUAAGGAAUGGAUAGAAUAAUGUGGAGUUCUCUGUCACCGUUGCAGAACGUUUACAUUAAAGACAAAGGCAUUCUCUCUCUCU